AUGGUCGGAAUUCACGAUAAACUGAAAGUUGAAAUUGUUGAAAAUAACAAUGAAGUUCUUCCAAUACUAAUUCGUGAUAUUGGCGUUAAUUUCAAAGAAGGCGAAGACAUUGCGCUAGUACGAUUUGAUAGUUAUGCAGAUUUAUUAACGCCAAAGAAGGUCAAAGCGGAUGAAAUUCAAACAUUGGAUCAUCUUGUCGAGGCAAUUAAUAAUCAAUGUUGGAUUCUUCCAGCUGUUUAUCGGGGUUAUAUAACGAAAAUAUUUUGGUUCAAGCCACCAUGGGCACAUCAGUUUCAAGAUGGCAAAUACCAAUUACAAGUUGGCAAAUGCCAAGAGACAGGAGUAUUGAAAGUUUGUUCAACCAAUGCCUAUUUUACAUCGAAUUGCGUUUAUUCAUCAAGUGACAAAUUGACGAAUAUUCAUAAGGUUGAUGUGUAUGUUUCAACAGCUGGUUUGGCAAAGAAUUAUUCGACAACAAUUGAGAAAUCUCAUACGCCUAUCUAUGAUCAUGAUAGUGGCAGUGAAAGUCUCGAUGCUGAUAAUCAGAAAAAGAGUAAAUUAUCUUCGAAUGAUCUCAAUCACAAAGGUGAUUCAGGCAAACGUCGUGUUUAUGCACUUGAUGCAACAUUAAUUGAUCAAUUGCUGGAAACGAGACAAUUUCUCAUCGAUAUCGAUCUCUCAUUUUUCUCCACUGACGAUUAUAUACGCAAACUAUUUGACGAGAAUGAAUACGAAAUUCUUCGUUAUGUCUACACACGUAUUGUGCAUGACCAUUCGGAUAUUGAAAUUCAACGUUAUAUGGCAGCGCGUGAAAAUGCUCUGGAACAAAUUCAUACAUUAAUGCAAGAAUAUCUAACUAAUCCAAGAUUAGAUCAACCGAUCAUUAUCGAAAAUCCAUAUCUAUCGGCAUUGAUUAGUAUUAUUCGAUAUAAGAAACUAGAUUGGCGAGCCGUUCAUAAUUACGGUAUGCAUUUGGCCGAUACAAGACCACCAUUGCACGUGUCUUCGGAAGAAAUGAUUAUUUAUUUGACGGAAGCGAUGGCGAAAAUUUUACAAUCAGUCAAAAAAGAUCCGAUUCUUGUGACAAUCUCCAGAUGUGUUGACGAUGGUUAUUGUUCUUCAGAACAAGCCGAUUUAAUUCAGCAAUAUGUAGAGAAAAAAAUUCAUCUUUUAUACAAAAUCGAUGAAACCAUUGGUAAAAGUUUAUUGACGAGCGAUGAGUACGAUGCAGAGAAAAGCAAAGAUCGACGAUCGAUGAUUAUUUCUGAUGAUGACAAUAGUUCAUCUCCACCACUACCACCACCACCCAAUGGUUUGGCCAAUCGGGUGCCUCAUAUCAAUGACAAACCUCUUACCAAUGAAAUCACCAAUUCGAAACAUCUUGCUUUCAAAAAAGAUAUGGAUCGCGAUCUAUCGCCACCCUUAAAUACGGACAAUAGACUUUCGCCAUCACCGUCUGCUCCAUCUCCUUCCCGAGGACAUCUUUCACCAGGCGAAAUAACUAAAGCAAUGUCACCAUCAUCACUUUCGGAAGCAUCUCCUAUCUUAGAUUAA